AAAGAUUGUAUUUGUGUAAACUGUAAAUAUAAACAAAAAAUUAUCAGCAAUGCUAACUAAAAAUAAAUUUUUAUUUAUACCAAAUGACGAAAAUAAAGUUGCUAGUUAGGGUAAUCCCGGGCGAUUGAGCGUAGUAAAAAGCAUAAAUAUAUAUUUUAAAGUUUAUAAAAAAUAUAUUAUUUCUUCAAAUAUUAGUACAGGUUCAAUUAAAAUAAAUUAAAAUGUUCCUGUGAAUUAGCAUGGAAGAUCAUUUUAUAUGCUUGAGCUUCAUUAUAUGCAGAUAAAAGUCCUGGAUAAAAAGAAGCAUUAUAUUCACUCCUGUCAGUAUUUGCAAUAUCUAAUUCAUCUAGUAAAUGAAAUGGAAAGUAGAUUUUCAUUUGAAGAUUUGAAUUAUUUUCCACCUUUGGAAAAUGGCCACAUAAAUCUAUUAAAAUUUUUAAAGGCAUCUUCAGAUUUAUUAUCUAUUGUUGAUUGCUUAGGAAAAUUACUAAAACCUGUAAAACAAGAUAUGCAAGGAAAUAUUGAGAAAAUAAAAAACAACUUUGUGUUAGAUGAAAGAUCCUGUUUACUUGAUCUAAUGUUGAAGGAGACUGCUGCAGGUGGCAACAUUGGUUCUGAAGCUACAUUAUGGCUUAAUAGAGCACUGCUCUUUUUUGAAUUAACAUUUCAAGAAAUAUUAGAGAAUCUUAAAGAUAAACGGGAGAUAAAUAUGAAAAUUAUCUUUAACACAGCAUAUCAGGGCUCUGUGAAGAAAUAUCACAACUGGGCUGUACAAAAAUUGUUUAUGGUUAUAUGUCAGCUCUCUCCUACAUUUCCUCAAAUCAUAUCAUCUUUGGGUUUAGAGAAUAGUGAUUGUUUUGAAGAAAAGAUGACAAUAUUUAAUGAUUCUUUACAUAUAGUAAGAUGUGCAAUUGACAAUUUUUUUAUUGAAAACUCCUUAUUUUGUGAAGCAUAAUCUUAAUAUAUUCUUACGGGAAAAAAAUAUUACCAAAUAUUAGAAUAUUGUGUAGAAUUAAAAGUGAUAUAUUUAUAA